AUGACAGUUUACAGGUGUUGUGUGAUGCUGACCUCUGCCCAGGGCUCUUCAAACAAGAUCCCUUUGAAAGAGAAAUUUGUCCAGAUCUAUGAGGCAUUUUUUCAGGGAGAAGACCCCUCGACAGGUAAUCCAAACUUUUGGGAUGAAUUAUUUCUUUUAAAGGUCAAGUCAGCUUAUAUUGAAGCAGAGUUUGACAAAUUAAACGGCGAUGCCUUGGUAUCUUUAAAGGAUAAUAUCAAUUUGUGGUUUUACAAAUGUGUAGAAACGUUGAGGCAGCAAGCGAUUCCUAUCCGGAUUGUCAAUGCAAUUCAUACUUUGUGUGCUUUGAUCCGGGGGGUUUUCCGCAAAAGUCUGAAUAAUUAUGGCUUUGAUGUCAUCAACAUCCUUAUUGGUUUUGAUAUAGCUGAGGCUUCCAUGCAGUCUUUGAUAGAGUCUCUCAAUAAGUUCCUAACCGGAGAUUUCUCGACAAGUCUCAAGCAGCUGUCCCUAAAACUCUUGCUUGUCCUUGCCACAGCUACUGAUAAUAUUAGUCAAAACACAAUGCUGGAAUAUAUUCUCAUCAAUUGUGUAUUUGAAUCUUUGGUUCAAAUUCUUGGCAAUUCAAUUUAUCGUCAAACGCUUGGCCAUGAUGCAGUUUUGCUGCUCACUCUCUUGGUGCAAUAUAGAAAAUACGAGUCUGCCAAUCCGUACAUUGUGAAACUCUCCAUCCUGGAUGAUGAACUUGCCUUGACUGGUUAUGCUCAGGUCGUCUCCUCAUCUCUAACAGAUUUCAACAGAGAAUACCAAACAAAGAAUGCUGAGCCCCAAAGUGGUUGGUUCUCUGCUAUAGCCAACAUGGUUGGCAAUAUGUUUGUUGCUGAGGAAAAAACUGUUGAAUCUGUGAGAGCAAAUGAUUCUAUUUUACUGGCAUUAUACGAAGCCAUACAUUUAAAUCGUAAUUUCAUCACAGCACUCACACAUACGCACACUCCUUCGAGCCCGGCCACUCCCCCUGUAUCACCUAUAUCCCCUGCAUCAGUUCCCUUUGAGGGACAAGAUCCAAAUAUAAACGCCAACCCCGACGAACCCACGAAACAGCCAACUAAUUUGUUAGUCACAUUUUUGGAAUACAGCUCGAUUGUGAUGCAGGAUACCAAAGAUGAGACGAGAUACUGCAAUGCUAAACUCUGCUUGAUUAUUCUCACUUGUAUUGCUGAGGAUCAGUAUGCAAACUCAUUGAUGACUGACAGCAAUAUGACUUUCAGAGUUCCAUUACACAAAAUGCCAAUGAGACAUCGGAAGGUUAAAGUGGACAAGUUCCCAAUGUGCCGUCCUUUGGUGUGUGCACUCCUUGACCUCAUGGUAGAAUUUAUUUUGAGUCACUUAAUGAAGAACUUUCCUUCUGAACUUCACUUGCGAUGUUUGGGUAUUAUCCACAGAGUACUGUGUUAUCAGAAAAAGUGCCGUGUUCGGUUGCAGUAUGCCUGGAAGGACCUAUGGACUGCUUUAAUGAACUUGCUGAAAUUUGUUUUGAGUCAUGAAUCACAUUUGUUGAAAAAGCACAACAUUUUCCACAUUGCCUCAAAAGUUGUCAACAUUUUCAAUCUGUUUAUAACAUAUGGUGAUACAUUUCUCCCAAAUCCUACCAGUUAUGAUGAGCUUUAUUAUGAGAUAAUCCGAAUGCACCAAGUCUUUGACAAUGUUUAUUCUAUGGCCAUGAAAGCUGGAGAUCUCGCCCUGAGGUAUACGACGAAUGAAGGAGAAUGGAAAGAUUCUGCAGCGAAAUUAAAGAACCAUCUUGGAAACAUCAGGGCCAUUAUUAAUCAUUUCACCCCAAAGGUUGACUCAUGGGCAGCACAGAACCAUUUGUCAUCUCUCACAGAAGAACAGGUACUUGAAGUUGUUCGUAACAAUUAUGAUACCCUCACACUGAAAUUACAAGACAGUUUGGAUCAGUUUGAAAGAUAUUCAGAAAAACCACGAGAAACUUCUUUCUUUACGCAACUGGUUCGGUCCAUUACGUGUGAUGUACGCAAGAUUUCUUUCUUGAAGUUUUUGCAUUUAUUUUAUUUUUCCUUACAUUUUUGUUUUUAUGUCUUUUUUUUAUGUUUUUCUUGCAUUUCUUGUUUUUAUUUCCUUUUGUUUCUUUUUAAUUUUCUAAUAUUUUCCUUAUUUUGCUUUUAUUUUUUUGCUCUUUUCUUUUGCUUUUAUUUUUUGCUCUUUUCUUUUGCUUUUAUUUUUUGCUUUUAUUUUUUUGCUCUUUUCUUUUGCUUUUAUUUUUUGUUCUUUUCUUUUGCUUUUCUUUUUUCUUUUUCUUUUUUGCUCUUUUCUUUUGCUUUUAUUUUUUGCUCUUUUCUUUUGCUUUUAUUUUUUGCUCUUUUCUUUUGCUUUUAUUUUUUGCUUUUAUUUUUUUCUUUUUCUUUUUUGCUCUUUUCUUUUGCUUUUAUUUUUUUGCUCUUUUGCUUUUAUUUUUUUGCUCUUAUUUUUUUGCUCUUUUCUUUUGCUUCUAUUUUUUCUUUUUUGCUCUUUUCUUUUGCUUUUAUUUUUUUGCUCUUUUGCUUUUAUUUUUUGGCUCUUUUCUUUUGCUUUUUUUUUUUUGGCUCUUUUCUUUUUGCUUUUAUUUUUUGCUUUUUCUUUUUUUUUAUUUUUUCUCUUUUCUUUUGCUUUUAUUUUUUUGCUUUUAUUUUUUUUCUUUUCUUUUUUUGCUUUUAUUUUUUGCUUUUAUGUUUUUUGCUUUUUUUUUUUUUUUGCUUUUAUGUUUUUGCUUUUCUUUUUCUUUUUUUCUCUUUUCUUUUGCUUUUAUUUUUUUGCUCUUUUCUUUUGCUUUUAUUUUUUUGCUCUUUUCUUUUGCUUUUAUUUUUUUGCUCUUUUCUUUUGCUUUUAUUUUUUGCUCUUUUCUUUUGCUUUUAUUUUUUGGCUCUUUUCUUUUUUGCUCUUUUCUUUUGCUUUUAUUUUUUUGCUCUUUUUUGCUUUUAUGUUUUUGCUUUUCUUUUUCUUUUUUGCUCUUUUCUUUUGCUUUUAUUUUUUGGCUCUUUUGCUUUUAUUUUUUUGCUCUUUUCUUUUGCUUUUAUUUUUUGCUUUUAUUUUUUCUUUUUCAUUUUUGCUCUUUUCUUUUGCUUUUAUUUUUUUGCUCUUUUGCUUUUAUUUUUUGCUUUUUCUUUUUUGCUCUUUUCUUUUGCUUCUAUUUUUUCUUUUUUGCUCUUUUCUUUUGCUUUUAUUUUUUUGCUCUUUUCUUUUACUUUAAUUUUUUGCAAUUUUGCUUUUAUUUUUUACGCAUCCCUGCCUUAUCUAUCUAUCUAUCUAUCUAUCUAUCUAUCUAUCUAUCUAUUAACUGAUUUAAACACAUGCUUUAUUCCGUCCAAAUCCUUACUGGACCGCUUCCUUCCUGCCUUCCUUUCUUUCUUUCUUCAUCCUUCCUUCCUUCCUUUCUUUCUUUCUUUCUUUCUUUCUUUCUUUCUUUCUUUCUUUCUUCAUCGUUCCUCCCUUCAUUCCUUCCUUCCUCUUUCUUUCUUUCUUUCUUUCUUUCUUUCUUUCUUAAUCCUCUCUUCCUUCCUCCUUUUCUUUCUUUCUUCAUCCUUCCUUCCUUCCUUCCUUCCUUCCUUCCUUACUUUCUUUCUUUCUUUCUUCAUCCUCUCUUCCUUCCUUCCUUCCUUCCUUCCUUCCUUCCUUCCUUCCUUCCUUCCUUUCUUUCUUUCUUUCUUUCUUCCCACCCCACUAUAUCGUUUUUACUUUAUCUAUUAUCUGUUUAUAUAUCUACAUAUACCUUUAAUUCUUCUAAUAUCUAUCUAUCUAUCUAUCUAUCUAUCUAUCUAUCUAUCUUGGUCAGUUCAUGUUUAUCUGUCUCUCUUGGUCUCUUCAUAUCUAUCUAUCUAUAUAUCUAUCUAUCUUGGUCAGUUCAUGUUUAUCUGUCUCUCUUGGUCCCUUCAUAUCUAUCUAUCUAUCUAUCUAUCUAUCUAUCUAUCUAUCUAUCUAUCUAUCUUAUUAUUACUGUUAACAAUCGCUGUUCAAACUCAUGUUAUAGUCAAGAUUUCGAACGCUCAUUUUAUAGGCAUUCAUUCCCCUCUUGUCUUCCCACCUCUAAUUUCUCACUAA